CAACUCAAGAGCUCACCCCGGGUCUCUCAUGGAGGCGUCUCUAACCAGGAAGCUGCCCUUUAAAGACAGGCAUUUUACCUGCAGCAAAAUAAUAGGAAGGAGGUUCGCUUGUUUUGCGCAGAGGCUGAGCCACAGGAGAAAGCAAAGCCAGUGUGAUUUAUUGAAUGAAAGCGCUGGACAGUUACCAACAACUUGUUCGUCUGCUGCCUCGAACAACCUAAACUGGAACUGCCGUGUGAAAAUGACCCAACAAAUGCAGAAUCUACAUCUUUCUCAGUCGAAGAAACAUAGUGCUCCAUCAUCUCCCAAUGCUGCCAAACGCCUGUACAGAAACCUCUCUGAGAAACUGAAGGGGAGCCACUCUUCAUUUGACGAGGCCUAUUUUCGAGCAAGAACAGACCGGCUGAGCCUCAGAAAGACCUCAGUGAACUUCCAGGGCAAUGAAGCCGUGUUCGAAGCGGUCGAACAACAGGACAUAGAUGCCGUGCAGAUCCUCCUGUAUCAGUACACACCGGAAGAACUAGAUCUCAACACACCCAACAGCGAGGGGCUGACGCCUCUAGAUAUCGCCAUCAUGACCAACAAUGUGCCCAUCGCCAAGAUUCUUCUGAGGAUGGGGGCCCGGGAAAGUCCACACUUUGUCAGCCUGGAAAGCCGAGCAGUGCACCUCGCCACACUGGUGCAGGAAGCCCAGCAGAGGGUGAGUGAACUGUCCGCCCAGGUGGAGAACGAAGGUCCCAGUCUGGACAACACAGAGAAAGAGAAACAGCUGAAAGCUUGGGAGUGGAGGUGUCAGCUCUACAGACGCAUGAGGACGGGCUUCGAGCACGCCAGAGCCCCCGAGGUGCCAGCCGGCGCCUGUCUCGUGGUGACCGGCAGCACCACGCUCACCGUCAGCUUUCAGGAGCCUCUUAGUGUCAACGCCGCGGCAGUAACCAGAUACAAAGUGGAAUGGAGUAUGUCUAAAGACUUUUGUCCUUUGGUUGGAGAAAUCAUCAUGGAAAACCUGCAGACCCUGAGAUGCACAAUCACAGGACUUACAACGGGCCAAAAGUAUUUUGUUCAAGUCUCGGCUUAUAACAUGAAAGGAUGGGGACCUGCUCAGACCACGGUACCGGCAUGUGCCUCGCCUUCUAACUGGAAAGACUAUGACGACAGAGAGCCCAGACACAGGGGACAGAGUGACGUUUUGGAAGGUCUGCUGCAGCAGGUCCAAGCCCUUCAUCAGCAUUAUAGCUGCCGGGAAACUUCAAAAUUACAAAACACGGGCCGCAAGCAGUCAGUCUCAAGGAGCCUGAAACACCUAUUCCAUUCCUCAAAUAAGUUUGUGAAGACCUUAAAACGGGGACUCUACUUAGCCGUUAUAUUUUAUUACAAAGACAAUAUGUUAGUCACCAAUGAAGAUCAAAUACCGAUUGUUGAAAUUGAUGACUCUCACACUAGUUCCAUUACACAAGAUUUUCUGUGGUUCACAAAGCUGUCUUGUAUGUGGGAAGAUAUAAGGUGGUUGAGACAAAGCGUACCUAUCUCCAUGUCUUCAUCCACAGUGCUGCAAACUCGGCAGAAGAUGCUUGCAGCCACGGCCCAGCUACAGAAUUUACUCGGAACACACAACUUGGGAAGAGUUUACUAUGAGCCCAUUAAAGACCGGCAUGGAAACAUCCUCAUAAUCACCAUCAGAGAAGUGGAGAUGCUCUAUUCAUUUUUUAAUGGCAAAUGGAUGCAGAUCUCAAAGCUGCAAAGCCAGAGGAAGUCUUUGUCAACACCCGAGGAGCCAACAGCUUUAGACAUUUUACUGAUCACCAUCCAGGAUAUUCUCUCUUAUCACAAAAGGAGUCAUCAGCGUCUCUCUCCUGGAUUAUAUCUGGGUUACCUAAAGCUGUGUAGCUCUGUGGAUCAGAUCAAAGUGCUAGUUACCCAAAAGUUGCCCAACAUUCUCUGCCAUGUGAAGAUCCGUGAAAACAAUAACAUUUCCAAAGAGGAGUGGGAAUGGGUCCAAAAGCUUUCUGGCUCUGAAUCUAUGGAAAGUGUGGAUCAUACUUCUGACUGCCCCAUACAGUUGUUCUUCUACGAGCUCCAGAUGGCAGUGAAAGCUCUCCUUAAGCAGAUCAAUAUACCUCUACACCAGGCAAGGAACUUCCGCCUCUACACACAGGAGGUGUUGGAAAUGGGUCACAAUGUGUCCUUUCUUCUCCUGCUCCCUGCCUCAGACGACGUCUGUACAGCCCCAGGACAGAAUAAUCCUUACACCCCACACUCAGGGUUUCUUAACCUCCCUCUUCAGAUGUUUGAACUUGGUAUAGUAGCUUGUUUCACCUAGAAAUAUUAACCCAGCCUCCUUAUAAUAAAAUCACAAAGUUAUAUCUGUUCCCCCUUGUCCCAGUGGAGGGUCAAUAAAUCACAUGAUGGCUUUGGCAAC